AUGACGGGACACGAAUACACAUUGGAGUUAUUACACCGUAAUCGUUUACAAUGUGUUGAAGUAUUACUCAUGUCCCGUGAAUCUUUUGUACGACUAUGUGCUCAUUUUAGAGCAAAUUACUCAUUAAAGGAUAGCAAACAUGUAUCAGUUGAGGAAAAGAUGGCUAUGUUUUUUAUGAUGAUCGGACAUAAUCAACGUUACGUGAUUAUCAAGCGGAGAUUUCAACACUCGAAGCAAACAAUUCAUAAAUUUUUUUAUGAAGUGUUGGAAAAAAUGAUGCUUUUCGCACAAGAUGUUAUAGUACCAACAUCUUUUAAUCCGAAUCCAAACAUUCCAGGACAUAAUAGGAGGCUACGAAGGGUUUUCAAAGGAGCAGUUGGUGCACUUGAUGGCACUUUGAUACAUGCUGUUGUCCCUGCUAAGAAACAAGACUUAUAUAGAAGUAGGGGAAAGGGAGAUUGCUACCAAAACGUAUUGGCAAUAUACAAAUAUUAUCUUUGUGAUGCCGCGUAUGCACACACUCGAGGAUUUAUGGCCCCUUAUCGUAAUGUGAGGUAUUGGCUUGGAGAUUUUCGUCAAAGACGUGCAUCGACCAAUAAAGAAAAAUUUAACCAUGGACAUGCAAAACUUCGGAAUGUCAUUGAGCGUGCUUUUGGUGUUUUGAAAGCACGCUUCCCUAUAUUGAAGAGGAUGGCACCAUUCCCGUUUGUGACACAAAGAAACAUUGCCAUGGCAUGCUUCGCGCUGCAUAAUUAUAUAAGGAAAGAAGGAUUGAGUGAUGAGUAUUUCGCACGAUACGAUGAACCUAAUGUCCCGUUUCGAAAUAACAAUGUGGCCAUUGAUGAUGAUGAAGACGGGAUUCCAACACAUGGUACUGCAGCAGACCGUGAAUAUAUGACUCAGUUACGUGAUGAAAUUGCUGAUCAGUUGAUGCACAAUAUAGAUUGA